GGACCGCCGCCUGCCCCAGGUGCUGCAGAUGUCGGAGCUGCUGGAACGCGGCAUCGGGGUGCACCACAGCGGGGUGCUGCCGCUGCUCAAGGAGGUGGUGGAGAUGCUCUUCAGCCAGGGGCUGGUCAAGCUGCUCUUUGCCACCGAGACCUUCGCCAUGGGGGUGAACAUGCCGGCGCGCACCGUCAUCUUCGACUCCAUCCGCAAACACGACGGCAACAACUUCCGCGACCUGCUGCCAGGUGAGUACGUGCAGAUGUCGGGGCGCGCCGGGCGCCGUGGGUUGGACCGCACCGGGACUGUCAUCAUCCUGUGCCGGGGGACGGUGCCCGAAAUGGCCGACCUGCACCGCGUCAUGCUGGGCCGCCCAUCGGGGCUGCAGUCGCAGUUCCGCCUGACGUACGGCACCAUCCUCAGCCUGCAGCGCGCGGCCGCGCUCAGCGUGGAGGGGUUGAUGCGCAACAGCUUCGGAGAAUUCCCCCUGCGGCGCCGCGCCGCGGCGCAGCAGCGGCGCGUGGCUGAGCUGCAGCAGGAGCUGGCAGUGCUGGGGGAGCCCCCGCAGGAGGGAACCCUGGACGACCUCCCCCAGUACCACGAGGCCGUGCAGGGGCUGCUGGAGGCGCGGGCGGAGCUGCAG